UACUGACUCAGGGACUGUGAAGAGUUAAAGAGACACCAUCAUCAAGGAGAAUGAGUUUGCCUUCCUGAGUCGUUUUACCCAAUAUAAAAGCACAAUAACAGUCGCCUCCGACCAGCAGAAACCCCUCUCUCUUAUAUACGAUUCCUCCCGCGCCGCAUCACUGUCAGCCUUACCUCGCUCACAUCGCAGCACACUUUUUCAAAAUUCCUUCUAGACGGACUUCGAAACUUGGGAGGGCUCGAACUAGAUUUUUGCCGGUGACUGCGUGCAGCAGUGCUCCGCUCUCCCGACGGCAACCAUGAGGCUCGGCUCCACACUAAGUUUAAUCAGGUUACUGUGCGCUCUGCAGGGAACAAGUGCAUUUAUUUCAGUAAAUGUCAGCGACAAGCUCCUUUCAUCAAACUUCAGCGGGAAAGAAUUGUCUUGGAGAAAAUAUCCGGGACCCGAGAGUGUCCCUAAAACCAGACGGAGGCGAUACAUCUCCCAGAAUGACAUCUCGGUUAUUCUCGAUUACCACAAUAAAGUUCGAGGUCGUGUCAUCCCACCUGCUGCAAACAUGGAGUACAUGGUCUGGGAUGAAAAUCUAGCGAAGUCUGCUGAGUCUUGGGCUGCCAUGUGUAUCUGGGACCAUGGACCAAAAUACUUACUGAGAUUCCUUGGACAAAAUCUCUCAGUUCGCUCUGGACGCUAUCGAAAUAUUCUACAGCUAGUAAAACCUUGGUACGAUGAAGUGAAGGAUUACAGUUUUCCAUAUCCUCAAGACUGUAACCCCAGAUGUCCCCUGAAAUGUUAUGGACCAGUGUGCACUCACUACACCCAGAUGGUUUGGGCAACAUCCAACCGAAUAGGGUGCGCAAUCCACACCUGCAACAAUAUGUAUGUCUGGGGGUCCACAUGGCGACGUGCUAUUUACCUUGUAUGCAACUAUGCUCCAAAGGGAAACUGGAUUGGAGAAGCGCCGUAUAAAGUUGGAAUGCCCUGCUCAGCCUGUCCACCCAGUUAUGGAGGAACCUGCAACAACAAUCAGUGCUUUCCACGAGUAACUUCGAACUACUUAUACUGGUUCAAGUGAUCUGUUUGGUUUACAGAAUAAGUUAGCAAUGCCAUAUUAGGAUUCCUCAAACAGAGUUACUAGUCAGCUGAAGAGACUUUGCAAAACAUAUUAUAUACCCAUUAUUAUCACUGAAAACUUAAAUUUAUCAUCUUACAGAAGAAUUUAAUAUUAU